GCCGCAUGUUUGGCUGCGCUUAGGCUGCGGUUUCAGUUUGUUUUAUUCACCAUUUUGUGUUGCUGAAGGUAUAAUUAAAAAGAAAGCAAGGGGAAGAAUUUCGGGAUAUUUGCGUUUGGAGGACGAGUCGCGUCCAUACUUUAAUUUAUACGCACUAGCUCGGACGGCGGAGUUGUGCGCCACCUCGCUCCCCUCGGUGUUUUGCAGAGCGGGAAUCUAUAUUUCUUUUUUUUUCCCUCCCCCUAUUGAGCUUUUCUCUUCUCCCUCCUUUCUCACAUCCUUCACCUCCACUAUUCCUGCAAAAUGUCAAGACCAGUCAGGAACAGGAAAGUCGUGAACUAUUCACAAUUCAACGAGUCUGACGAUGCAGAUGAGGAGUACGGUGAUAAGCCGAAGAAGGUGCGUGCAGCCCCUCGUGAACCGAAGCAGAAGCGCUCAAAGAACUCACAGGAAGACAGUGAGGACUCUGACAGCAAGCUUUCCAAAUCCAAAAAUGAUUCAGCUGAUGACUUUGGAAGUGAUGAAGAAGAUAACGACUUUGGAGAAGAGGAGGAGGAAGAAGGUGGAAGUGACUAUGAAGAAAAAAAGGGGAAAAAGGGAAAGAAACCCAAGGUGGAGAAGCCCAGCAAGAGGACGCCGAAGAGAAAACGUGCUGCAGAUGACAGUGAUGACGACAAAGAAGUGAGUCGAAAGGUGCGCAUGGUGCGCCAGGCGGCGUCCAAGGCUGUGUCCAAACAGAGGGAGAUCCUGCUGGGUGAUGGCGGCAGUGAGGAUGAAGAGCAUGAAGAACAAGAGGAAACCUACUUGGACCCUGAUGAGUCUGGCAGUGAUGAGGACUUUAUGGUGGAAGAUGACGAUGACAGUGAUUAUGGCCACUCAAAGAAGAAAGCCAAGAAGGUCUUUCGACGGGGACGGCCAGAGAAGAAGGAGAAGAAAUCCCCCAAACCACAGCUAAAGGCAACGGUGACACCCAGCCCAGUGAAGGGAAAGGGCAAAGGUCGCCCCAGCGCCAAGACCCUGGAGAAGAGUUCACCCAAAGAAGAGGAAGAGGAGGAACCUGAGAGUCCUGUGGAGGAGGAAGAGGAGGAGGCAGAGAAGAAGGAGUCCUUGCCUGCUCCCAAGAAGACAAAGGAGCCUGCAGGAGGUGAUGAAGAGGAGGAGGAGGAGGAAGAGGAAGAUGGCUCAGAAGAGGAGGCGCCCUCUGGAGAAGACUAGAAGAUGGUACUUAUUGAAGCCCACCAUCCUCUACGUCUCUGUUUUCUUUUGUUGCUCUGCAUUUCAAAGUUUUUUUUGUUUGUUUCCCCCCCCCCAAACCUCC